AUGUACUUGGAUAACAAAAAUGACAGUACAAUUUCUAGACAACAAGAGAUGGAACUGAAUCAGACAUCUUUACAUCAAACCAGUUUAUCUCCAAAGGUGGCAGCCAAACCCAUGACCAGAAGUUGCAAUGAGCUGCGGCUAUUAAAAGAGUAUCAUGGCAUGGUAGCGAAUCUCGGAGAGCCACAGACCCUGUGUGAAAAAACAGCAAUAGGGGAGGAUGGCUGCAUUGCUCUGGGGAAAGAUUUCAGUCCUGUCCCCAUGCAGGGAAGAUAUCACUUCAAUUUUUCCAAAUUAUUCAGCUUAAGGUCAAAAAACACUGGCUUUACAGAGAAGACACCACUACUGAAGGUUUCCUCAGAGGAAAAUGGGUUGCAGUGCAUGGCUCUUCAUAAUCCAGAUUUUGCCACAGAUGAUGAUUCAUGGGACAACAGCUCUGCAGAAUUUGAGCAAAGGUUUCAACUGGGAAGUGAAAUGACAAGUUUGUCCAGAUCUGCUUCUUCUGAGAAAUAUGAAAUCUUGGACAAUCUUCAUGUCAAAUUCAAUUUAUCAAAGAUGAGAUGCUGUCUAAAAUUCCUAAAAGUUUCAUGCCUUUUUAUCUUUGUAGUUGUCUGCUCUAUUUUAUUUGGCAUUUAUCCAGAUCAAGGUGUGCCCUGGCAGAUGUUGGCUGUAUCGCCUCUGGAAAGCUUCUCUAUGAAUCUGACUGAUUUUCAUGAUUCUGCUCUGUUGAAGUUAGACAUAGGAGGCCCGUUUGUAGCAGAUGUAGUUGAUCAGCAAACAGAGGAAUACAUUGUGGUACAAAUCAGCCAGACUGAAGACGCUGGAUCAAGGAGGAGACGCCAGCAGCAGGUGGUAUACAACUGGUCUCUACCCUUAAGUUCAAGAAGAAAUCAGCAAAUCAUCACAACUAGAAUCUUUCAGAUACCAAACAGAGGCACCAUCUUCAUAAACAUUCAAGCUUUCUUACAGGAGUCUGGAAGUGUUCCUCUCUCCAUGAAACAUCAAUACCUUCAUGCAAACAUAGAGGCACAAGUAACAAUUGCGUCCAUCAUCUUAGUAGGUGUCUACGUGCUGAUAAUACUGGAAAUUGUUCACAGGACCCUCGCAGCGAUGCUGGGCUCUCUGGCAGCUUUAGCCGCCUUAGCUACUGUUGGGGAGAGGCCAAGUAUGGUCAAAGUGGUGGAGUGGAUUGAUUAUGAGACACUGGCGCUGCUCUUUGGAAUGAUGGUUUUGGUGGCCAUAUUUUCAGAGACUGGAUUCUUUGACUACUGUGCAGUAAAGGCUUAUCAACUCUCUAGAGGCAAGGUGUGGGCCAUGAUUACGCUACUGUGCCUCAUUGCUGCAAUUCUUUCUGCAUUUUUGGACAAUGUUACCACUAUGCUGCUCUUUACUCCAGUAACCAUAAGGCUCUGUGAAGUACUUAAUCUUGAUCCUAGGCAUGUCCUGAUUGCAGAAGUAAUCUUCACAAAUAUUGGGGGGGCUGCCACAGCUGUUGGGGAUCCUCCAAAUGUGAUUAUUGUUUCAAAGCAGGAGCUGAGAAAUAAGGGAUUGGAUUUUGCAGCCUUCACAGGGCAUAUGUUUGUUGGCAUCUGCCUUGUUGUUCUGGUCUCCUUUCCUUUUCUCAGACUUCUUUACUGGAACAAAAAACUUUACAAUAAGGAGCCAAGUGAAAUCGUUGAGCUGAAACAUGAGAUCUAUGUUUGGCGACUGACUGCACAGCGCAUUAACCCAGCCAGCAGAGAGGAGACUGCAGUGAAAUGCCUCUUGAUGCAGAAGGUGCUGACUCUGGAGAUGCUCCUGAGGAAGAAGCUGAGCACGUUCCACAGGCAAAUUUCACAGGAAGAUAAAAACUGGGAAACAAAUAUUCAGGAACUCCAGAAAAAACACAGAAUAACAGACAAAAUUCUUCUCAUCAAAUGCCUGACUGUGCUGGGAUGUGUUAUUCUUAUGUUUUUUCUCAACUCGUUUGUUCCAGGCAUCUACCUAGAUCUUGGCUGGAUUGCCAUAUUGGGAGCCAUUUGGCUGCUGGUGCUAGCAGACAUCCAUGAUUUUGAGAUGAUUUUGAACAGAGUUGAGUGGGCAACCCUUCUUUUCUUUGCAGCAUUGUUUGUUCUCAUGGAGGCUUUGGCUCAUCUGCACUUAAUAGACUAUAUAGGAGAGCAGACAGCUUUGUUAAUAAAGGUGGUUCCUGAGGACCAGCGCUUGGCAGUGGCCAUCAUUUUAGUGCUCUGGGUGUCUGCCUUGGCCUCCUCCGUGAUCGACAAUAUCCCCUUCACAGCUACAAUGAUUCCUGUGCUUCUCAACCUGAGUAAAGAUCCUGAUGUUAACUUGCCUAUGAAACCAUUGAUCUUCUCGUUGGCCAUGGGUGCAUGCCUUGGAGGUAAUGGAACAUUGAUUGGAGCAUCUGCAAACGUUGUUUGUGCAGGAAUUGCUGAACAGCAUGGUUAUGGCUUCUCUUUCAUGGAGUUUUUCAGGUUAGGUUUCCCAAUGAUGAUUGUGUCCUGUACCAUCGGGAUGUGCUAUCUUCUUGUUGCUCAUGUUGUAGUAGGUUGGAACUCAUAG